UGACAAUCGCCUGCGGACAGCGCAGGCAGCGGUUAUCGAUAGGCGCGAUUGCAUACCUGGUACCCCGUCUUCACUACAAUAUUUGCCUUUACCGGUUCUGCUGCAUUGCAAACGUCGAUCAAUUUGCGUAAUUAAUAACAAUUUAGCAAAAUGAGCAGCUCCGAGGAAGUCUCCUGGGUCACCUGGUUCUGCGGGCUUCGUGGCAAUGAGUUCUUCUGCGAGGUGGACGAGGACUACAUACAGGACAAAUUCAAUUUAACUGGCUUAAAUGAGCAGGUGCCCAACUAUCGCCAGGCCCUGGACAUGAUCUUGGACCUGGAGCCGGAGGACGAGCUCGAGGACAACCCCCUGCAGUCCGACAUGACCGAGCAGGCCGCCGAGAUGCUCUACGGCCUCAUACACGCCAGAUAUAUACUAACAAACCGCGGCAUCGCUCAAAUGAUCGAGAAAUAUCAAACUGGCGAUUUCGGACACUGCCCACGUGUCUACUGCGAAAGUCAGCCCAUGCUGCCCUUGGGUCUGUCGGACAUCCCCGGCGAGGCAAUGGUGAAGACCUAUUGCCCCAAGUGCAUUGACGUGUACACACCAAAAUCGUCGCGCCACCACCACACCGAUGGCGCCUAUUUUGGCACUGGAUUUCCACACAUGCUCUUCAUGGUGCAUCCCGAGUAUCGUCCCAAGCGUCCUACUAAUCAGUUUGUUCCAAGUCCCGCAGCGGCCUUUACCGCAUACCAAAACCUAAAGUUCCCCAAGAUAGUGCCGGGCAGGAAUAGUCCGGAUAACGAAAACCCAGCUCCCUCAAAGAAGUAACCGAAAAUGAAGAGACACAGUCAUCCCCAUGCACGCACGCACACAAGAACACCAACAACUCACUCACAGGACCCCCAGACACCGUACACAGGAAGAAAAUAAACGAGAAGAGAAGCAACCGAUUGGAAAAUAAGGAUGUGGAUGGAAAGAGGAAGAGAUAUGGCAGCAGCACUCAAGCAACUUAACGAACGAGCAUGGCAGAAGCCCCAAAUGCACACAGACACACACAAUCCAACAAACACACACUCAGCGACACCCACACACUCAUGAGCAUGCACGGACAAGCAGGAAAAAUGGAAAAAGGACCACGUGCUGCAUCCUUUUUCCAUGCUGUGCACACACUGUAAUCCAACCAAGAGUAACGGCAAGUGUUGCCUUAUCGUUCGCAGAAGCAAUAAGAAACUUGUGGCAGUGUUCAACAAUCAAUCAAAAACGCAAGAAAACGAAUGAUGAAUAAAUCGGAAAGGAAAGCCAGCAUUUAAAACUCGUUGCAGAUUGUGUGUGUUCAGUAUAGUUAAAAAAUACAUACAUAUAUAGCUUUGGCUUUGUUCCAGUUGUAGCGGCAUUAAUCGGUAUAGUUUAGUUUUUUAAGGGUCCAAUUCAGAAUCGUUUCCAUUUAAAUUCUACUGAAUUCUUCCCCCUCCCCUUGUUGUUUUUUUUUUUUUAAUUCCUUAAUUCUAAACUUAUUUGUAUGUAGUUCCAAGAGCAUUUCCCCCAUUGUAAUAAUAUAGAAUUGCAUUUCUUCUGCCAAAACGAAUUAAUUAAAUUUGUUUUUUUUAUGUUGUUAAGAUCAAUAUGAAUAUUUGCGUAACAAAGAGAGCGCAAAAGAAAACACACAAACAAUAAAACGAGAAGUGAAGAACGUUUUUUAAGAAAAUUAGAAAUAAAGUAUAAAUAUAUAUAUAUGGAAAUCUAUAUAGAGAUCGAUAGAAAGGCCGAGGACCGUUGAUAAGUUAAUCUGAGAGUGUGCAGAAAACUGUUUACAAUUAAUUAAUGAGAAAAUAAAACGAAACGAGAAAUGAAAAUAAAAGUGAAAGUAAUAAUAACAAUAACUAAAAUAAAAACAAAACUGAUAUUUAAUACAAAACGCAGUCUAUCAUUUCGCCACGCCAAAUCACAUUAAGUGUCCCACCAUCCGCUUGCAUAUUCAGUCAAAAUAGAAGCCCAGGGCUAUGUCAUUAUUUUGACCCUAAUUGUGUGAUAUACCAUGUGGGUGGCUUGAGUGUCCGUCUCCAAGAUCCCCGAAUACGCACGCACGAGGAUUGAUUUACUGUAUGUCAGCGCUGUGUUCCAUGUUCCGUGUGCCCUCGCCUGCCUUUUUAAUUUGAUUUAACCCUUCUAUAUGCUAUGCUUUGCACCUCCUCAAGGACUACAUUGCACUGUGUCAGGAGAUCCUGAGUCGCCCUGAUCCCGAGGCCGAGGCCGAGUGAUCGCCGUUUCAUUUUCCACUGACGAACUUCCUUAACUCGCGCAAAGCUAUCACUUAUGGAGUCAUAAAGUUGCAAAAACAAUGUUCAAAUAUUUUGUAGAUCAUCAUAAAAAAAAACGUUUUUAAUUUUCAUGAGAAUAGUUGUCAGAUCAUUUUUGGCAGUCACAGAAAGAGUUCAAAUAUAUUUUAUUUUUAGAAUUUUAAAAUGUUUGCUAUCUAGAUUGAUUGUUUAGUUCGAUUUAUAGAGAAUUCGAUUAAGAAGAAUUCGUAUGCUCUUCUGGAAUUCUUCCUCAAGCCAUCAUUCUUCAACGACGGUGACAAAAGCUGGCAGCUGCAGCAUCCGCCGGGUCUUGUUUAUUUUAUAUUCCCCACACACCACCCGCUUUGCGCCCAUCCGAAUGAUAAUGUCAACGAGUACAGCAAUAAACAGUCAUAAAAUAAAUAUGCUAAACUUA